GACUUGGGGUGCUCCAAACUCGCCACAUCCACGGCAUAACAUAUCUCAACUCGUCAGCCAUGUCGGUGCCUGACUACUAUAGCGUGCUGGGGCUGGAGCGAGACGCCCGACCGACACAGAUCAAGAAGGCGUAUUUUCAGCUGGCGAAAAAGAUGCAUCCAGACCGACACCAUGGCACUGACAUUGAGAAAGGGGCCACCCAUGCCUUCGAACAUCUCCAGAAAGCCUACAAUGUGCUAUCGAAUCCUGAGAAGAGGCGCCAAUACGACGCUUCGCUGGGCACGCGCCCCGGCGAAGGCUCUGCCGCGCAAGCCUUGAGAGGUCAGAGAGGCUCACCCGGAGGACCUUCCUGGCUCCAUUCGCAGGCAGAAACGAGGCCCACAACAUCUCUGAACUUGAGGAGAAUCUUGCGCCCUUGGAGCAAGUCAUCUUCCAGGCCAAGAUAUUUGGGCCCUUUCGUGUUUGUGAUGGGCGUUUUUGCCAUGUCUCGUGGCAUUCCCAUGGCGACCAUGUAUUUGUUGGAGGAUGAAAAGCUAGCGCCGAAGCAGUGAAUCCAGCCUCGCUUUGUCCGGUCCGUUGGGAGUUGCGCAGCUGUGUCCCUU